CGCAGAGUCACGCGUCGCGUCUGUCUGUGUGCGGUUCUGUGUGAGCGAGCGGAGUCACGCGUGUUCUGCGGGAGUCUAGCGGCGGGAUCGCGCGUGUUUCAGCGCAGGGUCACAUCUGAUCAUGACCAGCCUUUUAAUUUAACUCGAUAUGGACCACACGGUUUCUUUAAGGAGGUGUACAGGCUGAUGAUCUCCUGUGCCACACACUAUGUGACCAAACACCGUCGUCUGUUCUCAGCUUGUUCCGGAUUCAGUAGAGUCGAUCAGACAGGAGCUCGAGGUCUGCGUUAAAAUGUCUGCGUGUGGAGAGUUUGCAGAGCAUGUGUGGAAACCAGGCUCCUGUAAGAACUGCUUCCAUCCUCGCAGCGCUCACGGACCGACCGGCACGACGGGAGCCGCUUGUGUCCGAACGAGUCUGAUCGGGGAAGACGAGGAUGGGGUGACGUCUCCCUCUCCGUAUAGCAAACCCACCAUCGCUGUCAGACCCACCAUGAUGAACACGGACGUCACAGCGGAGGUCAAGACGGAGACGAAUACAGAACAGAACAAGCAGAAGACCUCUGUAGGACUGAAGAAAGCUCUGGAUUUGGCUCCUCUGUACAUCGAUAGCAAUGGAUGUAAUAAAUCUCUCAGAGAAACCAUCAUACAAAACAACAUCUGCGGAAAGAAGUUCUCCCCAAACGUUUGUUCUCCCACUGGAUUAUCCAAAGACUGCAUGAUUAUCAGCAAUAUAUUUCGGAGUCAAGAAGAUGGCUUUGUUCAACACAGUCUGAAAGAGAACGGGAAUAGUGACUCCUACAGACAGAUGACCAAAGCGGUCAAGAGCACUUAUGCCAAUGGAGAUACAUAUCUUCAUAAUGGGACUGGAAACAGUGAUGGAGUUACACGUCCUCUAAGGGCAUCUGCGGAGGAAAGGCAAAGAAGAACCAGGCCAGGGAAUGUGGUUAAUGGAUCGUCCAAUGAGACGCCAGGUACUUCACCAUCUCCAGUGACUCCAGACUCCUUCAGCGAAAGCCUAUCAGACUCGUGCUACAAUCGGAGCAGUGUGGAUUCGUCAGUGGGAUUCCAGAGUCCUCAGAAGUCUCCAAGCGUUUCUCCAAACGGGCUCGAGGAAAGAGAGCCGAUCUAUGCCGAGAGCACCAAGAGGAAAAGACAACCCAAUGCUCAAAGCGAUGAGAAGGCUCUGCAGUCCUCUGAGUCUGAAACUGAAGUCAUCUUAAGCGACAAUCAAAGAGCAACUAUUACUGUCGUCGCCGCCCAUACUGAGGAAACCAACCGGACGUUUUACCUGAGCAGCCCGGAUUCGGCUGUAAGCACCCAAUGGAACCACUUCAGCCCAACCAUGCCCAAAGACCCAUCAAGCCCGGCGUUCACUUGGCCAAACCCUCCCGAUGCCACCGAAUCUACUCAACCCAAGCCUCAGUCCAGUCCCCCUGUUCCUCCUAAGAUCAGCACCCGUCCACCAAGACUUGGUACCUCCAGUCUCUCCUUACCGCUACCGCAGCUCAGCUUUCACGUGGUUCUUCCUCCAAAUCAGAUGACCUCACAAGUGGAUACCAAUGCUCAUGCCGUCCGACACAAGUCUAACAGUGCCACAAGUCUGGAGGGAUGUAUUGAGGAGGAAGAAGAGGAGGUCGACUCCAAGAGAUUGGGCUCUUGUGGUGGACUAGGCCACUCCAUCAAUGCUCCUGCUGUUCCGUCCAGAGAAUGGACGAGUGAGAGCAAUGCAAUGCCAGGCACCGCCAACAAAAGCACCAGUCAAACGCCGGCAGAGGAUGGCAGAGCCAAAGAGAGCUUGCUCUCGAGCCCGUCUCCUCUCAUCCUCUCUAGUGAACCCAACACCAGCCGGGAUCCCGCACCGCCUCCGCCACCUCCCAAAAAACACCACCGGGUGUGUAAGCGUCUCAGUGGCAGUAAUAUGGAUCUGGAGCGUGUGGGUCAGCAGGGGUCAGAGGAGAAUCUCAGCCAAUCACAGCGAGGACUGAAGUGCUGCAUCAGUGCAUCCAGAGACGGCCUGCAGACGCUCACACACACCGACUCCACCCUGCGCUCCAGCCCCUCCCCUUUCCCCAGCAGCCCGUUAGGCUCCGCCCCCUCGUCUCCGCGGCCCGACUCGUUUCCCUGCAGCGGUCUGGCCAAUCAGCUGCAGCCGCCUCCGUUACCACAGAAGAAGCAGGUGAACCGCACGGCCUCGGCUCCGAGCGACCCGGGUGAUGAUCCGCUCGCCCGUCCUCGCCCGCGUCUGGGGAUGGUGACGUCCUGCUCGUCUCCGCAGCUCAACACGCUGCACCUGCACGCUCUGCUCAGGAACAUGGACAGCCGCGAGGGCAUCUACUCGAAGCUGGGCGGCCUGUACGCCGAGUCUCUGCGCCGGCUCGCGCUCAAGUGUGAGGAGCACUUCUCCAGCGGACAGAGGAACACACUGAUGUUCGACGAGAGCAACUGGUCACUCUUCAAACUGACCUGUAACAAACCCUGCUGUGUGUCCGGAGACGCCGUGUAUUACUCUGCCUCCUGCGCGUCAGACACUGCAAACACAUACGCUGUCAAGAUCUGUAAAGGCCAGGCUCCGGACAGUAAGCGGACUCAUCUGUACGGUCUCUCGGUGCAGCAGAGCGUCCCGUCUCACUUCAAUCUGCAGCAGGACUGCGGUCACUUCAUCGCCUGUGUGCCGCGGAGCAUGUCCCCGAGCGAGGAGAGCGGUCCGGCCGAGCAGGAGCGAGUGGUGGUCAUCACACGGGACGUCCCGCACCAGACCGUGGCUGAUUUCGUCCGUGAGUGGGAGUCGUUCCACCGCGCCCAGCCGGAGGUUUACGAGCGGCGCGUGUGUUUUCUUCUGCUGCAGCUGUGUGCGGGUCUGGAGCAUCUGAAAGCACACGGCGUCACGCAUCGAGAUCUGUGCAUGGAGAACCUGCUCCUGGUGCAGCGUCCAGAUCCUCAGCAGCAAAGCCUCCCUCGCCUCCUCAUCAGCAGCUUCAGCAAAGCCAAGCGCCGCGACACACACCAGCUGGAACGGCUCAAUGCAGACGACCCAUUUCUAAAGCGGGAUCACACUCGGCUCGCGCCUGAGAUCGUCUCCGCAGCACAGUACCACAAAUUCGACGAGUUUCAAACCGGCAUCCUGAUCUAUGAGCUCCUGCACCGUCGUAACCCGUUCGAAGCCACGCCGGGCAAAUACGACUACAGAUGUGAGGAGCUGCCUCCGAUCCCCGCCGCCUCCAUCUACUCGCCCGGCCUGCAGAGACUCGCUCACCUGCUGCUGGAGCCUGACCCCGGACGCCGCAUCCACAUCCAGGACGCCCGCCGCAUCCUGCAGGCGCUGCUGUGGGGGCCGCGGAGGGAGCUGCUGGAGCAGCCGUGGGUGUGUGGAGGAGCAGAAGCAGAUGGAGGAGCCGGGUGGAGGCUGGAGCCCAGGGACCACGGGCUGCUGAACUGGCUGGAUGUGAAGCGUGCGCUGCUGAUGAUGAAGUUCGCCGAGCGCUCGCUGGAGCCGGAGAGGAGCGCGGAGCUGGAGGACUGGCUCUGCUGUCAGUAUUUCUCCAGCGCUAACCCCAGAUCCCUGUGUCAGACGGCAGAGCUGCUCUACAGCCUGCGCUUCACACACUGAGCUCAGAUCAACACCGUCUGCCGUCAGAUCAGCUGUGUUUAACACUGAGUCACUUCACUAGACUCAAACACCAGCACACACGACACUUCAUUACACUUUUACUAAUCAGUCUGUGGAUAGAUCUAACAUUGCUUCCAGACUGAAACUCAGUGUGUCUCAAAUGUACAGAUCACUUUUCACCCCAAAUUUAAAAAGGGAUAUAUAUGUGUGUGUGGGUGGGUUGUAUAGAAAUUUUAUGUAAAUUCAUUAUUUCUUUUCCUAUUUAAUUAAUAAGUAUAUAUAUAUAUAUAUAUAUAUAUAUAUGUGUGUGUGUGUGUGUGUGUGUGUGUGUUUGUAUAUAUAUAUAUGUAUGUGUGUGUGUCUGUGUACACUUUUCAUGUUAUUUCAAUGAUUUCAUUAAUAAUUAUAUUUAAUUAAUAAUAAUUUUAUAUAUACAAUUUUAUAUAAAUGUAGUAUAUAUUGCCUUUUUAAUAAGAAAAUAUUUUCUACAUAAAUGAUUUAAGAUUUUAUUAUAUUGUGACUAUUUUUCAAAAAAAAAAAAAAAAAAAUAAUAAUAAUAAUAUAUACAUACGUACAGACAUACAAUAAUAAAUAUAAUAUUUAUUAUUAUUAUUUUUCUUUGAAUUUAGGAAGUUUUACAUUUGUGACUAUUUUCAUGACAUUGUGUGUGAGGCAAAAAUAAAAUCUUAAUACAAUAAUGACAGUCAUGUUAUUUGGAUGCAGUAUUUUUUUAAAGUUUAUUCUUACUGUAAAUGUCCUUGUCUGUAACUCGGUUAUGGUAAAAUGUAUUUAAAUGUGAUUAAUGUCACAGUAUGAUAGACUCUUAGCUUUAUGUGGGAAGGAUGUUCUGGUUUUGAGGUGAAGUGUGAUCUGCAGUGACAGGAUUCGAUCGGUGUGUUAGAUCUGUUCAGUAACGCUGGUUCUUCUCUCAGAGCGUCUCGGUCUCUGCUGGGUAAAUCACACAAGACUCCGGAUGAGAAACAGACCGCUUCAGAAACACUGUCGACUCUUCCUCGUGAAAGCGGCUGUAGAAACACGAGGCUCUGAUUAAACUUCCUGUUUGUGAAGAGAAGCCACUUCCUGGUGCAAUAUUCCUAGCUUCCUCUGGACACUGAUGAACUGGUUUAAAGUUAAUUGUUUAUUCUGUGGACUGAUUUAUUUCAGGUGCCUUUUGUGAUUUAUAUUUUGAGGUUGAAGCCGAUUGUGAAUCAUUUCGAGCUUGAUGGAGAUGAAACUGUGAGUCUGGGAUGUCACAGAAGAUCUUCAGAUGGAACCGAAAUGGGCUUUUAUUUUGUAUAUAACUUUGUGAAGCAGGUCUUAACAGCUGCAGAUGCGGUCUGAUUACCUGAUUCAUGUUCUUUCAUUUUCAUUUGCUCUAAAGCUUUUACUGUACAUAAGCAUCCUUCAGUCUGAAGAUGUUUUAAUUGAAACGAGACACUGGACAAACACACACACACACACACACACACAUGCGCUGUAACAUCCUCGAUUAAUACACUGUGUGUCAAAGACCUCUGCUGCAUUCAAUAAAGUCUCAUAUUUUCACA